AUGGCUGUUGGAGAAUAUAGAUUUACUAAAACUAGAAAUAUAAAAAAGCCAGAGCAAGAUUUAAUGUACCACUUGAUUAUGGAAGCAUGGAAUGAUAUUUUACCAGAAAUUAUAAUCAAGUCUUUUAAGAAAUGUAGAAUAUCUAAUGCCUUAGAUGAUUCAAAAAAUGAAUUAAUUGGAAGAG